ACGAAGCAAACAGGGUCGAAGAAUGUGGUAUGGAUAGCAAAAAGUGUGGCUGUGUUAUGAGAAGGACAUACGGGUUGCCAUGUGCAUGCUUGAUUGCGAAGAAGAUAAAAAAUAACAAACCUAUCCGACUGGAUGAGAUUCACCCUCAAUGGAAGAAACUGUGUUUCGAAGAUGAGCCGGCACCGGGCGACGUGGCUGACGAUUAUGAUUGCUUGGCUGAGUGGAAAGCAAUUCAGGAACGAUUAAAAACAGCCGAUGUUAGCGUGAAGAAUGAUAUUAGGAAUCAACUUCGUCUCAUUGCAUAUCCAGAAACCACCUCUGUGAAACCUCCGCUUCAAAAGGCCAAAACAAAAGGUGCUACAAAGAAAAAAUCAGUUCGUGUCACAAGAUCCACGAGCAGGGAUAAGUCUCGGUGGGAGCAUGUUGAUGAUCAUAUUGCAGCUACACAGGCAUCUCAGUCGCAACCAACAAAGUCAAAGCCGUCGACUUCACAAACAGUGCCUGAGGUGCCUAAAGAACUCGUCAUCAGUACUUUGACUCCAGCACCUCCAGCACCUCCUGAAAUUCCUUUUAUCAACCAUAUGCCGAAGUUCAUGCACCCAUUUAUUGAAGAUAUUAUUGACGUUCAAGGUGACGGUUAUUGUGGAUACCGUGUGGUAGCUUUGCACCAAAAAGGAAAUCAACAAGAUUAUGAGUUGAUCAGACUGAACAUGGAGAGGGAGCUGAGAUUGCAUAAGGAAUCAUAUGUGGAGUUGUUCGAUACUGAUCGUUACAAGUAUGUCACGGAUGCACUUUUCCCACCACCGAGAAGGAGUAAACAUGCUAUUGCAACCAAGGACAAAUGGUUUACUUUUCCGGAUAUGGGUUACGUUGUGGCUACUCAUUUUCAGAGGGUUGUUGUUCAACUAUCAAAUAUGGAAAGGUGUGGAGCAUCUAGAACUUGUUUCCCAUUGCGUGGCAAACCUCCAGCAGACACGUCAGACUUGGAUUCCAAGAUUAUUUGCAUCGGCGCGCUCGCUGACCACUUUGUGUUAGUGCGAUUGAAAGUAGGAUGUCCGAUACCUCCAACGGCUCAUCAGUGGAAAAACUGUUGUUCCGAAGAAGCUGCAGAAUGGGAGCCCAUGUUUUUGGAUAGAAUGCAAAAGUUUGGUGAGCUGUUGACGAUUGAAAGAGCAGGCGAUGACUUGGUCACGAUUGGAAAGGGUAGCAAAGACGAUCCGUUGGAAUUGUAGUAGAUUUUAGUAGUUUCAUUUUGAAUUAGCUAAGCGCAUUAUUUUUUGAAAUGGUAGCUAAGCGCACUAUUUUUUGAAAGGGUAGCUAAGCGCAUUAUUUUGUGAUGUAUACCAUGCCGAUUAUGCUUUGUAACAUAUUAACUUUGUAUGCGCAAUUUACACAUGAACCUUGGUUAUGAAAUGUGGUAUUAUUGUAUAUUGAACUUUGGUAUUAUUGUUAUGAAAUAUGAUUAUGAAAC